AUUGAUGAAGAUAGCGAUGGUGAACUGUCGGACGACCCUGCACCUUACGCUGAUCGAGAGCUAGUCAACAAGGAACUGACACCGAAAGAGACAUUCUUGCCACACGACUCUGACCCUACCAUGAUCGAGGCUACAUUCAAGAUCCAAAUGCCUGACGGCAAGAGCUGGUUCACUCAGAAGAACAUAAUCCCCGAGAAGCGCGAACCCGCCGACCUGAGUCUGUACGCAGCCGAGGACAGCAUCUUCUUCCCUGACCUCGAGAGCUGCAAGGUUCCCAAGAAGGACAAGGAUAAAAAGAACAGCGCCGUGGUACGAUGGAAUAAGGUUAGCCAGAACCAUUGGGAGCGGACCUUCAAGGGCAUCCAUGAGGUCUUCACCCCAAGCAUCGCCCUCCGCCGCUUCAAUGCACGCACCCAAGCAUAUGAACACAUCCACAUUGGCCAGUCGAAACUUAUCAACAUCGACCCCAACGAUAAGAAGUGGAAAGAUGCAUACAACAAGUGGAUUGACCAGAUCUCGCGCCGCUCCAACGCCGCCUACCAGAAGAAGAAGAACCGCGACCACUGGACAGUCCCAGAGAUCUGUGCCAUGUACACCGGCAUCAACGACUUCAUUCACGGACAUGGCUUUGAUGCGUACGACACCAUUACCACCGCUGACCUGACCGAUAUCGUUGAUGCCAUCAAUGUGGUUGGUGGGAAGAACCGUGGGCUGGACGCUUUGCGAGGUCAGAUCACGUCGGCGCAUGAGACGAAGAACAAGACGACGGCGUAUCUUCGUGAGCAUGCCCGAGACUUUCGAUUGAUGAUUGAAGCUGGCGGCGUGGUGAGCGAUGAGGAGCGGUACCCCGAACACAUGAUCCCUCUGUCAGAGUUUCCAGUUGAGAAGCGCCCCAGCCACCGAAAGGGCACAGGUAAACCCAAGGUAUAUAAGCCGAGGUUCCGAUCUGUGGCUAUACAAACUGGCGAUGAUAAUGUUGUUCCCGAAAACUUCGACGCUGCCGGCAUUGCCUCGACUGCAAGUAAGAUCCCCAAGAAGCGCAAGCGCGAUGCACCAGCAUCCGACAGCGACGAAGUCAAGGAUCAGACCGAGCUUCCUGGUGACGAAAGUGACGAAGAGGAGGUCGAGCAUGGCUACGGAAGCGAUGCUGGCGAGACUUCGGACGAGGAGGUGGAAAACGGCGAU